AAACGACUCUUUUGAACCUCGACUCCAUCCCUAUAAAUAGCAUGUCUUUGGCAUGCAUUGCCAAAUCAAAGUUAUGGGAUACAAAUACAUUCCCAUGGAUAAUCAUAAAGUUUUUCUAACCAUUCUCUUUGUGUUCUUAGCUUUAGGCAUAUGUUCUGCCAAAAGAAACCUCCUUUCCUUUGAAGGACUUAGUUAUGGUGGUAUUGCAGGUGGAGGUGGCUCAGGUGGUGGAGGUGGUUCAGGGUAUGCAGCUGUAGGGGGACAUGGGGUUAAUACUUAUGCAGGUGGUGUUGGUGGUGGAGAAGGAGGUGGUGGUGGAUAUGGUGGUGCUGGAAUUGGUGGAGGAGGUGGUGGAGGUAGCGGUGGUGGGGGUGGUGCUGCUCAUGUUGGAGGAGCUAGUGGUGUUGGAUAUGGCACUGGUGGUGGUGAAGGAGGUGGUGCGGGAUAUGGUGGCGCUACAGGACUUGGUGGUGGAGGUGGUGGCGGGGGUAAAGGAGGUGGUGGCGGUGCUGCCCAUGCUGGGGAAACUGGUGCUGCUGGAUAUGGUAGUGGUGGUGGUGAAGGUGGUGGUGCCGGCUCUGGUGGUGUUAUAGGGUAUGCAGGUGGUGGAGGUGGUAAUGGCGGAGGAAGUGGUGGCGGCGCUGCCCAUGCUGGAGAAACCGGUGCUGCUGGAUAUGGUAGUGGUAGUGGUGCUGGUGCUGGUGGUGGUGCUUCAGGGCAUGCAGGUGGUGGAGGAGGAGGUGGUAGUGGCGAGGGAGGUGGUGCAGGUUAUGCUGGUGGAGCAAGUGGUGCAGGAUAUGGUAGUGGUGGAGGUGAAGGUGGUGGUGCUACAGGAUAUGCAGGUGGUGGCGGCGGUGGUAAUGGUGGUGGAGGUGGUGCAGGUUCUGCUGGAGGGGCUACUGGUGCUGGAUAUGGCAGCGGUGGUGGUAAUGGAGGUGGUGCUGGAUAUGGUUCUGGAGGAGAAAAGGGUGCUGGUUAUGGCGGUGGUGGCGGAGCUGGUGGCGGGGGUGGAGCCGGAAUUGGUUCAGGUGGUGCCGGCUAUGGUGGAGGUGAAGGAGCUGGAUCUGGUGGAGGCUACGGUGCUGGUGGUGCUGGAUAUGGAGGUGGUGGAGGUGGUGGCAAUGGUGGAGGUGGAGCUGGAGGAGCCCAUGGAGGUGGAUAUGGUAGCGGUGGAGGAGAAGGAGGUGGAGCAGGUGGUGGCUAUAACGGAGGUGGAGGUGGAGGUGGUGGCUCUGGAGGCGGUGGUGGUGGUGGCUAUGGUGCAGGAGGCAUCCAUGGAGGAGGAUAUGGAGCAGGUGGUGGGAGUGGUGCAGGUGGUGGCCAUGGAGGCGGCUAUGCUCCCUAAGAUUAGCUCGUUGCCCUUAUAUUAUUUAUUUCUCAAUAUUAUCGUUGUUAUCAGUAACAUUAAGAGAAAUAAGAUAUAAAGAAGUACUUGCUUUAUAAUAUAUUAAUGAAAGUCAAAUGGUUGCUUUGUAAUUGUCUCAAUUGGCAAGAAAUAUGAGCUCAGUCACGUGUUUUCUCUCCCGCAUGUAGUUUUUGCAUGUUUAUUGAUAAUAAGAUUCUGACUUUGAAAUUA